UUUCACGACCGAUCUCUUGCGUGGUGUACACGACGACGACGGCGGCGACGACGACGGUGUGGACCUGAUUGUGGUUGAUGAGUAAGUGGGGAAAACGAGUAACCGACUCAGUCAGCAAUCUCGACCGCCGACAAUCAGUCCAGCUGCUCCUGUCCGUGUGCAUCUGUCGCACGAUCUGCGUCAUCGUCAUCAUCGUCAUCGUCGACAGGGCCCGAAGAAUAUUUAUUUUUAAAAAGAAUAUCAAUCAAGUGCCAAGAUGGGUGAAAGUGUCGAUUCCAAGACGCGCCUGGAGGAGGGCAGAAAUAUCCCGCCCGCCCUGAAGAAGCUGCUCGAAUGGGACGUCGUGAUGACGAAACAGUUUGUCAGCUUUAUGCUGAACUUUGUGCCACUGCGCUCCCUCCGGACGCACUGCAAGGUGCUGGAGUACUCGUGCCAUGGGAUCGCCUGGCUGGCCGGGUGGCUCGCGUUCUGCUGGAUGAUCGACAAGCCGGAGUGGUACCAGAUGCAGGUGAACCUGUUCAUUGGCCUGCUGACGGACAUUGUGAUGGUGGCGGUUAUUAAGGCGGCAACGCGUCGCCGUCGGCCCGCGAUAAACGAUGAUCCGCUGUGCUUUGGGCCGGAUAAGUUUAGCUUCCCAUCGGGGCACGUUUCGCGCGGUGUGUUUAUUACGACCUUUUUGAUCGUGCUGGAUCCGGUGACGGUCGUGUUUUGGCCACCGCUGAUGGCGUGGACGGUGGCGCUGUGCAUUUCCCGGCUGAUUCUGUACCGUCACCACAUACUGGACGUGCUGGGCGGUAUCUUGCUGGGACUGUUCAAUGCGCUGCUGAUAUCGAUCCUUUGGUUCGACCAGGAGGGUAGCAUCUGGCUGAUCAACUGGAUUACGGACGAGCGUGUGGCGGGUGCGGAAUAUGCUGUGUAAGGUGUGUGGAGUGCUCUAUUUAAACCCGAAAAAAAAACUAUAAAGCUUUUGUCACCAAACA